UUUUGGUGUUUGAAACCCCCGUUCAGUCUUUUCGUACGGCACUAAAGCUGAAGACGAAACAUGCCGACCAAAGGUCCUCUGCAAUCGGUCCAGGUUUUCGGACGCAAAAAAACAGCCACCGCUGUUGCUCACUGCAAGAGGGGGAAUGGCCUCAUCAAGGUGAACGGCAGACCCCUCGAGAUGAUUGAGCCAGCCACUCUCCAGUACAAGCUGCUGGAGCCAGUGCUGCUGCUGGGCAAGGAGCGUUUUGCUGGAGUUGACAUCCGAGUCCGAGUGAAGGGUGGUGGACAUGUUGCCCAGAUCUACGCUAUCCGUCAGUCCAUCUCCAAAGCCCUGGUCGCAUACUACCAGAAAUAUGUGGAUGAGUCCUCCAAGAAGGAGAUCAAGGACAUCUUGAUCCAGUACGACAGGACCCUGCUGGUUGCCGACCCUCGUCGCUGCGAGUCCAAGAAGUUCGGUGGACCAGGAGCCCGUGCCCGCUACCAGAAGUCUUACCGUUAACCUCUCUGUACAUUUUCAUGUAAUAAAGUUGAGGAAGAAAAUAAUUCUGUCGUUUCUUUAAACUUGCUUGAUGAAAAAUGUCAUUAAUGACCAUCAAGCACUACUUUGGAAAGUGUAAAGGUAGACUGCGAUAGGACGUAGAUGCAGAAAGUAAACUGUAUAUGGGGUAAAUUUCCGCAACUAAAUGUUGACCCAUGAGGCUCCACUUCUCAGCUGUUUUGGUCCCUUGCCACGCUGUUAAUGGCGUGAAGAGAACCUGUGCAGAUGGUGACCUGUGAGUGCUAUCUCGCUCCUCAAUAUCACCGGUGCUGCUCGUGGCAAUGCCAUUUUCAGUCUACCGUUUUAAUAGUUAAGCGCUAUCCUCUGGGUUUCACCAUGAUAUAUUCAAUUAAUUCCUAGACUAGACCUUGUUUUAAAAUGGCUGAAGUGAAUAAGCAUUAUAGCAGGUGUAUGUUAUGCUUGCUUCAGAUUUCUCCUUAACAUCUUUGCAGAGCACCAUUAAGAUAAUAGUUUGGCUUUACAGCCCUAGAUUGUUGCUCAUUGAGUACCUGAGCUGUACAUGCUUUUGCUACAACUGUUAUUAAAUGGUAUUUCACAACUACAGUCACCAAAUAAACCCAAUGCAUCAACUUCA